ACGUGUCAGUGUGAUAGGAGGGACAGUCCUGAACCGAGCUCAUAUCUGAUCUGUCGUUCGCCACCGCAGAGAGAGAGAGAGAGAGAGUGUUUAUGUGUCCGCUGGUUCUGAUGAACGAAGUCAGCCGUGACGCGGAGUGUGUUUCUUAACCCGGGAUAACCAUCCUCCCACAUGCGCUGACACGUCUCCAGAUAUUACACACAUCCCGUCGGGCGGCAGAGGGAGCAUUUACUGGGGCUGCGUUGACACACUGUGCAACUCACACACACACUCACAGCAAAGAGGGGGAAGAUGUUAAUGAAGGAGUACAGGAUAUGCAUGCCACUCACGGUGGAGGAGUACCGGAUUGGACAGCUGUACAUGAUCAGUAAACAUAGCCAUGAGCAGAGCGAUCGAGGGGAAGGGGUGGAGGUCGUCCAGAACAUACCAUUCGAGGACCCGACACACGGCCAAGGACAGUUCACAGAGAAACGAGUCUACCUCAACAGUAAAUUACCCACCUGGGCUCGAGCAGUGGUUCCCAAAAUCUUCUACGUGACAGAGAAAGCGUGGAACUACUACCCUUACACCAUAACAGAAUAUACUUGCUCAUUCCUGCCGAAGUUUUCCAUCCACAUAGAGACAAAAUAUGAGGACAAUAAAGGAUGCAAUGACAAUAUCUUCGACACAGAGCUGAAGGAUCAGGAGAGGGAGGUGUGCUUUGUAGACAUCGCCUACGAUGAGAUCCCUGAGCGCUACUAUAAAGAGUCUGAGGACUUGCGGUAUUUCAAAUCAGAGAAGACGUCACGGGGGAUCCUUCAGGAGGGCUGGAGAGACACCCACAACCCCAUCAUGUGCUCGUACAAACUGGUCACUGUCAAGUUUGAGGUGUGGGGUCUGCAGACAAGAGUGGAGCAAUUUGUUCACAAGGUGAUUCGUGAUGUGCUGCUGCUGGGACACAGACAAGCGUUUGCAUGGGUGGAUGAAUGGAUUGAUAUGACUUUGGAUGAUGUGCGGGAUUACGAGAAAUCAAUGCAUGAGAAAACCAACAUUAAGGUUUGCCUUGAGGGGCAAGAACAUUCCACAACAAACUCAUCUUCACUGGAUGACAUAGAGAUCCAUGACAAAGGAAGUACAUGACAAUGGAUGAAGUGAGAGAGUUUGAGCGGACCAUACAGGAGGCCACCAACCAGAAGAUCGGGAUGUUCCCCCCGUCCAUCUCCAUCAGUGAGACACCCUUGUCCUCCUUUGCCCUCAAUGGCCCUGCCAGCGCCCCCUCUACCCCCAUGUGCACUGAUGCACCCGAGUCCCUCUCUGUCCCCAAGGACCGUCCCCGCAAAAAGUCUGCUCCGGAAACCCUGACCCUUCCUGAACCUGUUCCAAGUGGCGCUCCUCAGGGCUCUGCUUUGAGCCCGCGACCCGUGUCAAACCACAUCCAAACAUCCACACCACCUUCCUCCAACUCUGACCUUGCUGAGAUAGAUGAACAGUAAACGGAGCCUUGGGACACCAUUACACCCCAGCUUAUCCCACUCAACCCCACUGUCUUAGGAGCCAAUGACAAACCUCCAAACACCAGUGCCCAAACAUUCAAGUUUGCCAGACAUAGCCAGUGAUUUUUCAUAAUCUUGAGUAUAGAAAUCCUAAUCCGUUUAGUUGAUACCGUCCGGGCAGCUGUAGUUUCAGCCACUAUGACACGUUGAGUAAGCUAUCGUAACGGACCACCUAUGAUGUCUAAUCAAAACAAAGACCAUCUGAUAUUAUUUUGGGUGAGUGGCUGUACCUUAUGUUAUAUGAAGUGAAUUUUCAUCAUUUCCUCAGUUAUGUUUCUCCAAUGAAAUGAGCUGAUUGCUUUUGUGCUAUCGAACUAUGAAGUAGUUGCCUUAGCACCACUGGGCCAGUGGUGUUUAUGAGUUUGACAGUGUGUGCAAAUGAACGACACACAUUGGAAACUAAAAGUGACAUAAAUGACACAGACUAGCACAGUAGACCUAUUAUGUUAAACUAGAAAGCCAAGUGCCCUCAUGAAUCUACUGUGUCCAGAGGCAUUCAAAGUGGCCUGUGGAUCAGACUGUCGUAAUCAUUUUCCAUCCCAAACUCAGAAUAUACUUGAGAUGCAAGAUCAGUACAAUCAGUACAAUCAGUACAUAGAUUUUGAGAGAUUUUACACCUCAGGUCUCCCGGACUCUACCUGGCUCACACUCCAAAAGCAGGGAUAAUACUGUUCUCUCCCUGCUUAUUGCCAAACAGCCGCCUUUUAUACCUCCACAAAUAUUACAAUACAAAUAUUGUAUGACUAUAUUAAUCUACUUAACUGUUAGAAUGUUUACACAUUAUUAUCCUUGAAGCAUUUGCAUAUAAGCAGUAACAUUUAAGUCAAACUGAUAUUAAAUCUGCGUGCAUGGUUUUGGCAUGACUGGUAAAUAGUUCUAAAAUUUCUUAAAACUCCGGUUUUAAUACUGCAUAUAUCUUACUCUUGACGAACUUGACUUGAGUGGUCAGGGUACUAAAGAAAACUCAUGUUGCCUGAAGUUAAUGCUGGACACGUCAUGUGACAUAAAUGUGAUCCAAUUUUGUUCAAUCACUUCAAUCACAUAAACGUCACGUGUAGGAAUAAGGCCAUCGUAGUGCACAGUGGAGGUGACAAAAACCCGACGGCUAAUUUGAGAAGGAGGGCACAUGCGUCAAGCUGACUUGACUGUGUGCUAUGUUAGCUACAUAGCAUUUGCAGGAUUGCUGAUAUUUUUUUUUAUUUUAUUUUUUUUAAAUGAGAACAUUCUUUGCAGUGUACUCGUAUACUUUCUACCAUGGAGCCUAAAGGAGAAACAAAUCAUGGUGACAGAACGUAGUUUGGAUGGAAAACUCCUCUUUUUUCCCCAUUCAACAAUGAUUCAAAGAAAGGGUUUCUAUAUGCUGCAUGGAAUGAUCAUAACAUAUAUACAUAUUAUGGUAAGUAUAUAUGUAUAUAGACUAUAAAUGGCUGGAUUGGUACAGUUUAUUUAGUAACUGUUUGAAAGUAGUGAAGCUCUGUACUAAUUUUGUUUCAUUUAAAAAGGAGAUUUUGAGUGAAAUGUAAGCAUGCCCAGAGAAUAUGCUGUAGGCCGACAGACUCUUUCAACUCAGUGCCUCUGCAUCCAUCAACUGUAUUGUCAUCUCCAUAUGUGUCAACUAAAAUCUCGUAUAUUUCAGCGAAACACGAAACUCCAUCACAUUAACUUUUGUCUGUUUUCUAGCUCAAACGUGGCAAAUUAACCUAUUAUUAAAAGUGGGCGACAGCCACACAAACAGCCUAACUGCAACGUGAAUCAGAUCAAAAACAAUCAUAUCAAACAAUGUCAUCAGACUUUCAAGUAACAGGGCUAACUUGAUAUUACUUUUUAAGGAAACGCGUCAUUUUAUGUUCUACUAUUCAGGCCAGUUACUUCUAACUUUACCGCGCAAAUGCAUUUUGCACUUUUCCGUCUUUGACACUUUAUUUGACAAUGAAGGAAUGUGUUACAUUGCAGUCUUGUUGGGUUUGGUGGACCAAAGUUCUGUAAUACAGCAUCGUGAUUUGAAGAGAGCAGGUCAGAGAAAGUGGCCUCACUGGUCUUGCCAUAAAAUAUUGUUAAUAUGUACAGUUUCUCACUUGCCUUUUGUUAAAAAAAAUAAUAAAAAUAAUUACUAAAAGAACUGUAGCUAUUUAUCUGUAACUGUAGCUUUGUGUUUGCCUUUUUUAGGAUAGAAAUGUUGUCUACCAGCAUGUGGCCCACUGUAUUGAUCUAUUAUUUAUAGAUUAUACACAAUAAUGACUCUGGUAUUGACCAUCUCUCUUGUCAGGAACACAGAGAUCCAGGGAUAGGUUUGAUCUCCCAUGGGCUUCUGAAAAUAAUACAAAAUGUUAAAUUGUGUAACAUUAAGCUCUGCUCUGUUUAAUAGAGUAACAUAAGGUAUUGUAAAUACUGUUAUUGAUAUCUAAUAGAGUAGGUUUCUUGGAUGUGGACUUCAACAGAGAAGGAUAUUAUUUAGUGCGGCAUCUUCACGGACACAAUUUAAAGGUUUGUUUUACUUCAGGAGCAAUGCGAGAACGUAUCUAUGACAUUGUCAUUAUUGAAAAUACUGAAAUCAGUUCAUUUUCCUUUUUCCCCCCAAUCGAGUCUCAAGACUCCUCAGUGUAGUGGCAUACUUUUGACUCCAUUUGCUUCGGUACCUUUGCAAGGCAAAAAUUAUUUGUACACAUUCUAAAACAAAAUGAAGCUUUUCUUUUCAGUUGGGUGGCUGCUUUGACGUUUACUUGCCAUAUUAAGUAAAAGGUAUUUGGCCUUUUUGUUGUUUCUUUUCUUGUAGUAAACCUGCUGUACUUUGAUUUUGUAUUCCCCCUUUCCGCCCCGAUGCAUUGGGCCAGGCUGUCAUGCUGUCUUCUGAUAACUGGUGCCUUCCAUCCAGGAUGGCUGAGUUAGCUGGAGAACUGGUUGUGAUUUUUGAUUGUUCCUCUUUUUUUCCAUAAUCCUGUUUUGAUGGGCUUCUGGACGUUGCUCUUAGUUCUUCCACUUUUAACUAUUGUUGUAUUUGUUAUAUUUUUAUUGCCCUCUGAGGUGAAUUAGACUCUUUGUUGUAAUUAUUGUUUCUUUUUUCUGAAAUAGACAAUUAAACUUUACUAGUUAUUGGAA